AUGAGAUGUCUUUUAUCCGAUUUGGAGCUUCUCAAAAUAGAUAUGAAUUAUUUAGUUUGUGUAGAUGGCUCGGAAUACUCUAGGAAUGCUUUUCAUUUCACCGUUGGUAAACUAUCGAAGGAUAACGAUAAGAUCACCAUUAUACAUGUGACACACAAUGUAAAGACAUCUUUAAUAGAUCCACUCGGUGAUAAUCUAGAUAAGAUUACAAAUAUCGAAGAGAUGGAACUAUCAGAGAAAAUAAAGCGAACCUAUGAAUCUGAAUGUAAAGCAUUAAAAGUAUAUAAAAAUAUAUCAUUUAAUAUAUCAUUAUUUAAUAAAUUAAAUAAUAACAUUUUUAAUAUUAAUACGAAUAAUAAUAAUAAUAAUAAUAAACAGGUUAAAUGGGAAUUUACAAAUAUAAAAAGUGAAUCGAAUACAGGUGAAGCUGUUAUGCAAGCUAUUGAAAUUAUAAAACCAGAUAUGGUAGUCGUAGGAACUAGAGGCCUAAACAAGCUAAAGAGAAUCAUUCUUGGUAGCACUAGUAAUUAUCUAAUCAACAACUCUACUAUACCUGUAUUAGUAGUUCCACCACAUGAAGUACAUUUACACAAAGAUUAA